UAUUUUUCCCACGUGACAGCCAGUAGACGGGGAUCAGCUGACUUGUUCUCACGUGACCUGCUACAGCUUCUCGGAUCCUACUCCGGGAAGCCGGGGCCGCGCCGCGAUGGUGGAGCCGGGCGGUGAGGAGGCGCGGCCGCUGCUGGACUCGGCGCACAAUGACUGUCCCCAGCGCAAGGGGCUGCCGGCCCUGUGCGACCCGCGGCGGCUGGCCCACCGGCUGCUGGUCCUGGCCUUUAUGUGCUUCCUGGGCUUCGGUAGCUAUUUUUGCUAUGACAAUCCAGCAGCUCUGCAGACUCAGGUUCAAAGGGAUAUGAAGGUGAACACAGCUACAUUCAUGGCAUUAUAUGCCUGGUAUUCCUGGCCCAAUGUGGUUCUCUGUUUCUUUGGAGGCUUUCUGAUAGACAGAGUAUUUGGAAUAAGGUUGGGCACCAUAAUAUUCAGCUCCUUUGUUUGUGUUGGACAAGUGAUCUUUGCGAUGGGAGCUCUAUUUAAUGCUUUUUGGCUAAUGGAAGCUGGCAGAUUUGUAUUUGGAAUUGGUGGGGAAUCCUUAGCAGUAGCACAAAAUGCCUAUGCUGUCAGUUGGUUUAAAGGCAAGGAAUUAAAUCUUGUGUUUGGAUUACAACUUAGCAUGGCCAGAAUUGGGAGCACUGUGAAUAUGAAUAUCAUGGGAUGGAUAUACUCCAGAGUUCAAGAUCUGCUGGGCUCUACAGGUCACAGUACACUUGGAUUUACACUCCUGAUAGGUGGUGUAACAUGUAUCUUUUCACUAAUCUGUGCACUAAUUCUUGCUUAUCUGGACAAGAGAGCAGAAAAAAUCCUUUGUAAAGAGCAAGGAAAAACGGGUGAAGUGAUUAAAUUAACUGAUGUGAAAGACUUCUCGUUGUCCUUGUGGCUCAUAUUUAUAAUCUGUGUUUGUUAUUAUGCGGCUGUGUUUCCUUUCAUUGGACUUGGGAAGGUUUUCUUCAUUGAGAAAUUCAAAUUUUCUUCUCAAGAAGCAAGUGCAAUUAACAGCAUUGUAUAUAUCAUAUCAGCACCCAUGUCCCCUGUCUUUGGAUUCCUGGUGGAUAAACUUGGAAGAAAUAUUAUCUGGGUUAUGUUUGCUGUAGUGGCAACCCUUGCUUCUCACAUUAUGUUGGCCUUUACUUUCUGGAACCCUUGGAUUGCUAUGUGUAUGUUAGGAGUAGCCUAUUCACUGCUUGCCUGUGCUUUGUGGCCAAUGGUAGCAUUUGUUGUUCCGGAACAUCAGCUGGGAACUGCUUAUGGCUUUAUGCAGUCUAUCCAAAAUCUGGGUCUGGCAAUUAUUGCCAUAGCAGCUGGUACGAUACUGGAUUCUCGAGGAUAUCUGUUUCUAGAAGUCUUCUUCAGUGCUUGUAUUUGCUUGUCACUAAUAGCUGUAGUCAUGCUGUAUUUUGUGAAUCACCUCACUGGAGGUGAUCUUAACUGGUCUGCAAAGAAAAGGGAAAAACUGCAAAAGCUAGCUGCAGCUGAAGCAGAAAAACGAGAGAAACUCAGAUGUGAAAACGAAGAUAACUUGGCCAAAUUACAGCCAAAGAAUGACUUUAGUUUAAGGAAUAGGUAUCUCUCCAAACUAGGAGCUCAGCUGCCCGAUAAUUACGCUUCCGACUUACCUGCAUUGGCACACAGAAGUGUGCUGAAAUAGCAUCACUCUGCACAAGUUUGUCAAGAGAUGGAAGUGCUCUGAAGUUUAUGCAGACAAACUUGCUCUUACUAGUCAAGAACUACACAUAGAACAAAAGCAGAAUAAUGCACCAUGUUCUAUAUUUGAAUCCACAUGCUGUCAUCAGCAACCACCUUACCUUAAAAAAUGGUUUGAAGUAUUAGGGGAGGUUUGACUUCUGUGUGCCAUACAAAACCAAAUCUGAAACUUUAAAGCCUUGGGAAACAAUAGCCUGUUAGCCAUUCUACAUAUUCUUGAUGUAGGUAUUAGUCCGGUCAUACUACAUUUUAUGCUGAACAUCCUUGUUAACUUCCUGCAAUAAUUCAGUUUUUACUUACAUUUUCCAUAGUGGAAAAAAACAGUAGAAAUAGGACUGCCUUUUUAAGUUCUGUCAAAUUGAGAUUUUUACAAAAACUUUUUUUUACAAAAAAAAACCAAAACACAGUAUAUUCAUUAAAGCCAGACUUGGAAGUUGCACUAGUACAUGGUAAUGGUGUUAAUGAAAGCUGAGCUAAUUUCCUGUGGAAAUGACACUUGAUACAGUUUUUAUAACUAUCAAACUGUUAACUGUAAUGUGUAACUUUCAAUCAGCCUCAUAUUUAUACAAAUGUAGUGUGGAGUAUCUACUAGUUUUAAUAUUAUCUGCAAUGAGAAAAAUGGCUUUAGGACCAAUUUUAUCCCAAAGAUGUGUGGGCUCCCAUGCUUGCAAUGUAAGCAGAACUGGACCCUAAAAUCUCAUACAACAUGUAUAUUUCUUGCUAAGUGGAUAGUAGAAAACUAAAAAAGUAGACUAACUUGACUGAAUUUUCAGUCUUUUAAAGUGUGGUCUUAAUCUGAACUAAAUUAUUAUACUCUGACCUUUAUUGCUUAAAAUUUGUCUUAACUGCACAGGGAAGCCAGUAUUUUUUUCUAAUAGCUUGUUACCCUAACAAUUGUAUUAAUUUAAUAAAUCAGAAGUAACUUGAGGAAUGUUGACAUUUAUAUCUGGAACUUGUAGUUCUAUUAAGAAUUUUGUAUAUGCAAAUAUACUCUUUUUUUUGAAGUGAGUUACUUUUCUAUGAUUUCUUCAGUAUUCUACAAACUUUAUCAAAGAUAAUAUUAUGAAUUGUGUAGAACUGCCAUAGUCUGGCCUCAUGAACUCUAUCCAGGAAGAUAGUAUAAAACUUGGUGCUUUUAUAUGUUGCUGUUGAAGACUGCAUUUACACAUGGUGGUGCUAAACCUUUUUGUUUGGUUUUUUACUAUGCUAUCUUCAGGAAGAAAGCAGCAUGAACUAUCCAUGGAUGGAUUAUGUACAGUUGAUUUGCGCUUAUACUUAUAGAUGCUGAUCUUUAUUUAGUAAAUAAAACUAAAUGGAUAGGGCCA